AUGGGCUCUUGGGGCAGCUAUCGCUCGCCAUUCCCUCGUCCCGUGCUUCGGCAUUCCCUCGUCCUGUGCUUCGGCAUUGCCUCGUCCCGUGCUUCGGCAUUGCCUCGUCCCGUGCUUCGGCAUUGCCUCGUCCCGUGCUUCGGCAUUGCCUCGUCCCGUGCUGCGGCAUUGCCUCGUCCCGUGCUUCGGCAUUGCCUCGUCCCGUGCUUCGGCAUUGCCUCGUCCCGUGCUUCGGCAUUGCCUCGUUCUGCGCGUCGGCAUUGCCUCGUUCCGCGCCUCGGCAUUGUAGACCCGAGCGACCUACUCCCCCUCUUCCUUUUGAGGCCUGGUAACAGCCAGCACAACGGUUUACAUGCCGCCUGCGCUUCACGGCAUGGGACUACCUGUGGGUGGGCCUCGCAGCGGCUGCCCUGCUUGACUGUGUCAACACAUACUCUUCCCCCUCCCUUCCGCCCUCUUCCCCCUCCCUUCCGCCCUCUUCCCCCUCCCUUCCGCCCUCUUCCCCCUCCCUUCCGCCCUCUUCCCCCUCCCUUCCGCCCUCUUCCCCCUCCCUUCCGCCCUCUUCCCCCUCCCUUCCGCCCUCUUCCCCCUCCCUUCCGCCCUCUUCCCCCUCCCUUCCGCCCUCUUCCCCCUCCCUUCCGCCCUCUUCCCCCUCCCUUCCGCCCUCUUCCCCCUCCCUUCCGCCCUCUUCCCCCUCCCUUCCGCCCUCUUCCCCCUCCCUUCCGCCCUCUUCCCCCUCCCUUCCGCCCUCUUCCCCUCCCUUCCGCCCUCUUCCCCUCCCCUCUCCCCCAGCGCUUCACGGAGUGGGAGUACCUGUGGGUGGGCCUUGCAGCAGCUCUGCCCUGCGUGCUCGUUCCACCCUUCAUGCUGUGUGCGGCUGAUAAAGGGCGCCCAUGGCACGAGCAGCACUGGGUGAAGGCAAACGUGUGGAUCGCAAUCUUCAGCUUCGUGGGCAACUAUUUCUGGACGCACUACUUCUACACGCUCCUGGGUGCUUCCUACACGUUUCCUUCCUGGCGCCUCAAUGAUGUGAGUUCAGUGUUGUCCCUCUUAGCGCUGCUUCUCUUCCUUCUAAGGGUCUCUAAGGGUCUCUAUAGCAUUGCAAUCUUCAGCUUCGUCGGGAACUGCUUCUGGACGCACUACUUCUACACGCUGCUUGGAGCUUCAUACACCUUCCCCUCCUGGCGCCUCAAUGACUCCCAUCCCAUCCACAGUCGACUCAAAAGUCCCACUUUCACCCGCACGCAGGUGCCCUUCGCGCUCUAUCUGCUCACCCACGCCUGCUUCUGCUUCUAUCACGUCAUCUCCACCAUCACAUCACCCUCCGCCAUUUUCCUCCCCUCCCUCAAGCCCUCCGUGAACCUCAAGUCUCGACUCAAAAGUCACAUCGAGUGGGCUCUUAACGAGUGGGCUUUAUUCCCCUCCGUCAUUGUCCUUCCUCUCCACCCUCCCUCCCAUCAGUUCGAGUACUACACCUUUGUGGACAAGGCUCCCGUGUACCGUGUCGGUUCUUGUUGGUUUGAGUACUAUACCUUUGUGGACAAGGCUGCCAUGUACCGUGUCGGCACGCUCUUCUAUGCGCUCUACUUUGUUGUCAGCUUCCCCUUCUUCUUCCGAAUCGACGAGGACACAUCAGACAGCUGGCCUCUCUCCCGGGUAGCAGUGGACUCUCUGGGAGCGUCCAUGCUGGUUACCAUACUCCUCGACAUCUGGCGUCUUGUGAUUGGCCCAAUCACCCAGCUGCCGCAGACCAACACGUGUGCAAGCGGCCUCCCCUGGAUGGGGUAG